UUUCAGAAGUUGCUUUCUGAAAAGUACUUUUUAACUUUUCUUCUUCUAAGCUAAGCGAAACAUGCUCUUGUGACCACAUUUCCACAUCCUUAUCUCCUAACACUGCACUUACAAAGAAUCAAUCAAUCACAGAGGCUAUAAUCGGAAUUCUCGACUCAAUCGUUUAUCAAACGAAAUUCGUCAAAACCGUCAAUGGAGCUCACACUACAACAGCUGAAACAGUACGAUGGCAGCGACCCAUCGAAGCCCAUUUAUAUAGCAGUAAAGGGUCGUAUAUUCGACAUGACUUCCGGCAAGUCUUUCUACGGCCCCGGAGGGCCAUACGGCAUGUUUGCCGGCAAGGAUGCUAGCCGGGCCCUUGCCAAAAUGAGCAAAAACGAGGAAGACGUGAUUGCCUCCCUCGAUGGCCUCACAGACAAGGAAAUGGGUGUCCUCAAUGACUGGGAGAAGAAAUUCGAGGCUAAAUAUCCCAUCGUUGGUACUGUUAGUAAUUAAAAUAAAUUAUCUGAACUUGAAGGUGUGUGUUCUUGGAUUUUUUAAGUGGUGGUGUGAUGUGAGCUUGUGUAAUAUGAUGUGAUUGAUGAAAUAAAUACUGCAAAAAUAAGUAUCCCAAUUGUUGGGAUCUUGUCAUCUGCUCAUCAUAUUCUUAUGUAUUUAUGUUUUCACCAAUGCAUCUGCUUAAUGAUUAUGUUUCUAAUCCCCAUUAUGAUUUGGAUUA